UCCUCGCCGAGGCGCGAAGGGGUUGUCGGGAUGGGGGCCAGAGCCAACAUGGAGCCCUCAAUGGGAUAAGGGUGAAACUCCCGUGCCGGCUGCUCCUGUCUCCCGCCCAGUCAUGUUGGUGCACUUAUUUCGGGUCGGGAUUCGGGGAGGCCCUGUCCCAAGCAGACCGCUCCUCCCCCUCAGCUUCCAGACAUUCUCGGCUGUCAGGCACUCCGAUGGCCGCCACGGCUCCCACCCUCGGGCCGUGGCCCAGCUGCGGUGUCAGCUCCGGGCCCGCCUCCUCCGAGCGCCCCCAGCUCCCCGCCGAAGCCCCUCUGCCUGGCGCUGGGUCGGGGGAGCCCUGCUGGGCCCCGUGGUGCUGAGCAAGUGCCCCCGCCUCUGCCUGGUGGCGCUGUGUGAGGCAGAAGAGGCCCCUCCUGCCGACCCCCAGCCCUAUGUCACGGAGUCCCACUUUAACUGGAGGCUCUUCUGGCAGUUUCUGCGCCCCCACCUGCUGGUCCUGGGGGCAGCCAUCCUGCUGGCACUGGGUGCGGCUCUGGUGAACGUGCAGAUCCCCCUGCUCCUGGGCCAGCUGGUGGAGAUCGUGGCCAAGUACACGAGGGACCACGUGGGCAGCUUCCUGCAUGAGUCCCGGAGCCUCGGCACCCGCCUGCUCAUGCUCUACGGGCUCCAGGGCCUGCUGACCUUCGGGUACCUGGUGCUCCUGUCCCGCAUCGGCGAGCGCAUGGCCGUGGACAUGCGGAAGGCCCUCUUCGGCAACCUGCUCCAACAAGACAUUGCUUUCUUUGACGUGAAGAGGACGGGGCAGCUGGUGAGCCGGUUGACCGCCGACGUGCAGGAGUUCAAAUCGUCCUUCAAACUUGUCAUCUCUCAGGGGCUGCGGAGCUGCACCCAGGUGGCCGGCUGCCUGGUGUCCUUGUCCAUGCUGUCCCCACGCCUCACCCUGCUGCUGGCGGUGGCCACGCCCGCCCUGAUGGCAGUGGGCACCCUGAUGGGCUCAGCUCUCCGAAAACUGUCACGCCAGUGUCAGGAGCAGGUCGCCAGGGCGACAGGUGUAGCCGACGAAGCCCUGAGUAAUGUUCGGACUGUGAGAGCCUUCGCCAUGGAACAGCGGGAGGAGGAGCGCUACGGAGCAGAGCUGGAGGCGUCACGCCAGAAGGCAGAGACACUGGGCAGGGGCAUCGCCUUGUUCCAGGGGCUCUCCAACAUCGCCUUCAACUGCAUGGUGCUGGGCACCCUGUUCAUCGGGGGCUCCCUCGUGGCAGGCCAGCAGCUGAAGGGGGGAGACCUCAUGUCCUUCCUGGUGGCCUCCCAGACUGUGCAGAGGUCCAUGGCCAACCUCUCCGUCCUGUUCGGUCAGGUGGUUCGGGGGCUCAGCGCGGGCGCCCGGGUGUUCGAGUACAUGACCCUGAGCCCCUGCAUCCCGCUGUCCGGGGGCUGCUGCCUGCCCAGGGAGCAGCUGCGCGGCUCCAUCGAGUUCCGCAACGUCAGCUUCAGUUACCCUGGCCGCCCCGGCUUCCCGGUGCUCGAGGACUUCAACCUCACGCUGCCCCCCGGCAGGAUCGUGGCCCUCGUGGGCCAGUCGGGCGGAGGAAAGACCACCGUGGCUUCCCUGCUGGAGCGCUUCUAUGACCCCACGGCGGGCACGGUGACCCUGGACGGGCGGGACCUGCGCACCCUUGACCCCUCCUGGCUCCGGGGCCAGGUCAUCGGCUUCAUCAGCCAGGAGCCGGUGCUGUUCGGGACGACCAUCAUGGAGAACAUCCGCUUCGGGAAGCCGGGCGCCUCGGACGAGGAGGUGUACGCCGCUGCCCGGGAGGCCAACGCGCAUGCGUUCAUCUCCCGCUUCCCUGACGGCUACGACACCGUGGUCGGCGAGCGGGGCGCCACCCUGUCCGGCGGCCAGAAGCAGCGCCUGGCCAUCGCCCGCGCCCUCAUCAAGCAGCCCUCGGUGCUGAUCCUGGACGAGGCGACCAGCGCCCUGGACUCGGAGUCCGAGCGGGUCGUGCAGGAGGCCCUGGACCGCGCCAGCGCCGGCCGCACCGUGCUGGUCAUCGCCCACCGGCUCAGCACCGUGCGCGGGGCCCACCACAUCGUCGUCAUGGCCCACGGCCGUGUCUGCGAGGCGGGGACCCAUGACGAGCUCCUGAAGAAAGGCGGGCUCUACGCGGAGCUCAUCCAGAGACAGGCCCUGGCCACCCCGCCCCCCGAGGUGCCCAGGGGCCCUGGGUCCUGAGAGCACCGCCCAGCGCAGCGCCCAAGGCUGAGGACUGAUCCCCAGGGGACCAGCAUGCUGGCCGUAGGCUGCCCCCUGCACACAGUGAAACUCGGGACAGGCACCCGGCUGGGCACGGCCCGGGCCCUGCUCUGAGGAAACCACAGGCAGGGCCAGGGAGUGGGCAGAGGACUCACACCGUGCUCUGCCCUCGCCCGGGCCAGACCUCACCCGCCUAGGCUGACUCCCUGUGGCCCUUCGUCCCCACUGCCUCCCGGGGUCUGGGGAGGAGCCCCCCGCCCCCACUCCCCGGCCAACCCCUUGACACCACAGUCCUUAUUUCUAGGUUUCACCCCUCCCCCACUGUCCAAAUGGGACAGGGGCCUGACAAGCACUCGGGCAACAGAGGGGGCGGUCUUGGGUCAGCCUGGCCCGGCCUGUCACCUGGUGAGAUCGUGGACAGCCCACUCUACCUGAGGACACCAGCUCGGAAGGGCAGCCAGCACACCCAGAACUGCACAGCCAGGGGGACACGCAGUACCAGCUGCCCCCAACCACGAGGGCGACGGUGACGCUGAGCCCUUGGGCCGGCAGAUGCGAACCUGGCUGGGGAGGGGCAGCCACCGCCACACCGGGCGAAGACGGGACCGGAGCCCCGCCUC